ACCCCCCCCCACCCUUCCCCCAUCCCCUUACCCUUCCGACCUCUUCGAAGAAUCGACAUGACAAUAUGAAUUAGAGAUUGGGAAGCCCAUCCCCUCCGGUUUCUUGAAUCCCUCCGACCGAUCCGCUCGCAAACCCUCGUCCCGAUUCCGAUCGAACGAGGCCAAAAGAACCCUACGCAAGGGAUUCCCAACGGAGGUGCCGCGAGAGCUGAUCGAUCUAGCGGGGCUUCCUCCGCCUCGCUCGCGAUGAGCCGGAGGGUGCGGCGGCGGUGCUCCUACUCCAGGGACAAGGAGAAGGUCACCGUCCUGCCGCCCUACCCCGAGGCCUACGAUCACUGCGAGAUCCCGCUGCCCGCUGCGGCGGCCGUGGACUGGACUGCCCUCCCUGACGACACGGUGGUCCAGAUCUUUUCCCGCCUCAAUUACGGCGAUCGUGCCUGCCUCGCGUCCACCUGCCGGGCCUGGCGCCUCCUCGGCUCCUCCCCCAGCCUCUGGACGUCGCUGGACCUCCGCGCCCAUCGCUGCGAUCUUGACACUGCGGCCGCCCUCGCGGGGCGGUGCGCCCACCUCCGCCGGCUCCGCUUCCACGGGUCCUCCUCCGCCUCGGCCCUCAUCAACCUCCAGGCGCGCGGUCUCCGGGAGAUUGCGGGGGACUAUUGCCGCGACAUCACCGACGCCACCCUCUCCGUUCUUGCCGCGCGCCAUGAGGCCCUCGAGAGUCUCCAGAUCGGCCCGGAACCCUGCGGGAGGAUCACCAGCGAUGCGGUCCGCCAUGUCGCCAUGUGCUGCACCAGGCUGAGGCGGCUGCGCCUCUCUGGUAUACGUGAGAUCAACGGGGACGCCAUUAACGCCCUCGCUAGGCACUGCCCACAGUUGGCGGAGGUUGCAUUCUUGGACUGCAGCAUGGUGGAUGAGGGUGCCCUCGAGAAGGUGGUGUCUCUCAAGUUCUUGUCGGUGGCUGGCUCAAGGAAUUUGAAGUGGGCUACGGCAUCCCUCUCGUGGAGCAACCUCCCAAGCUUGGUUGGUGUGGAUGUUUCGAGGACCGAUAUCUCUGCUAGUGCUGUCUCGAGGCUUCUGUCGACAGCAAAAACUUUGAAGGUACUGUGCGCUCUCAACUGUGCGGCACUCGAGGAGGAAGGGAGCCAUAGUCCUACAGCAUUCAGCAACACUAAGGGGAAGCUGCUCUUUGCCCAAUUCACUGACGUUUUCAAAGGGAUUGCUUCUUUGUUCAGGGGAUCUGUUGUAAAGGAGCAGACGAUUUUUGAGGAAUGGAGAAGCUUGCAGAAUGAGGAUAAGAUCCUGAGUGAUAUCAUGAACUGGCUAGAGUGGAUACUCUCGCACUCGCUUCUUCGUAUAGCAGAGAGUAAUCCACACGGAAUGGAUGAGUUUUGGUUGAGACAAGGGGCUGCUUUAUUGCUAAGCUUAGUAAGAAGUCCACAGGAGGAUGUACAGGAGAGAGCAGCGACUGGGCUGGCGACCUUUGUAGUGACUGAUGAUGAGAAUGCAACAGUGGAACCAGCAAGGGCAGAAGCGGUAAUGCGAAAUGGUGGAAUACCUUUGCUUUUGGAACUCGCGAGAUCUUGUCGGGAGGGUGUACAGUCUGAAGCUGCCAAGGCCAUUGCAAACUUGUCAGUGAAUUCCAAAGUUGCAAAAGCGGUUGCUGAUGAAGGGGGAAUUGGUAUUCUUGCUAACCUUGCAAGGUCCUCAAACAGGUUGGUUGCUGAAGAAGCUGCUGGAGGGCUUUGGAACCUUUCUGUGGGAGAAGAGCAUAAGGCUGCCAUUGCUGAGGCUGGUGGGGUGAAAGCUCUGGUGAACCUUAUUUUCAAAUGGACAUCUGGAGUAGAUGGAGUUCUUGAACGAGCUGCUGGUGCUCUUGCAAAUCUGGCUGCCGAUGACAAGUGCAGUGUGGAGAUUGCAAUGGCUGGUGGUGUCCAUGCACUUGUGACACUUGCAAGGUUAUGCAAGGUCGAGGGCGUGCAAGAACAGGCUGCUCGAGCAUUAGCCAAUUUGGCAGCUCAUGGUGACAGCAAUAGUAAUAAUGCUGCUGUUGGUCAAGAGGCAGGUGCACUUGAAGCACUUGUGCAACUAACUUAUUCUCAAAAUGAAGGUGUAAGGCAAGAAGCUGCUGGUGCUUUAUGGAACUUAUCUUUUGAUGAUCGAAACCGAGAAGCAAUUGCUUUAGCUGGUGGAGUUGAGGCAUUGGUGGCUCUUGCACAUGCAUGUGCAAAUGCUUCUCAAGGACUUCAGGAAAGGGCUGCGGGGGCGUUAUGGGGUUUGUCAGUCUCAGAAGCUAAUAGCAUUGCAAUUGGACGAGAAGGUGGUGUUGCACCAUUAAUUGCAUUGGCACGCUCAGAUGCCGAAGAUGUCCAUGAGACUGCUGCUGGAGCUCUCUGGAAUCUUGCCUUCAAUACUGGUAAUGCUCUCCGAAUAAUUGAAGAAGGGGGAGUUCCAGCCCUUGUACAUCUUUGUUCAUCAUCUGGAUCAAAAAUGGCCCGUUUUAUGGCUGCAUUGGCACUUGCUUAUAUGUUUGAUGGAAGUUGUGCUCACAGAAUGGAUGAAGUUGCACUUGUUGGCUCUUCAUUAGAAGGUUGUUCGAAGAGCGUUAAUUUUGAUGGUGCUAGAAGGAUGGCAUUGAAGCAUAUAGAAGCCUUCGUGCUGACGUUUUCAGAUCCACAUGUUUUCUCGAUGGCUGCUGCAUCCUCAGCUCCUGCAGCCUUGGCACAGGUAGCAGAUGCAGCUCGCAUACAAGAAGCAGGACAUUUGAGAUGCAGUGCUGCUGAGAUAGGGAGAUACAUUGCCAUGCUUCGAAAUCCUUCAUCCGUUCUUCGAGCGUGUGCUGCUUUUGCUCUUCUUCAGUUCACUAUUCCUGGAGGUCGGCAUGCAAUGCACCAUGCAGGCCUCAUGCAGAAAGCUGGCGCACCACGAGUGCUUCGUGCUGCUGCGGCCGCUGCCACUGCUCCUGUUGAAGCCAAAAUAUUUGCAAGGAUAGUUCUCAGGAAUCUUGAACACCACCAGCUAGAAGCUUCAGCAUAAGUUCUGACGAACAGAUAGAUCUCAUUGUGUAGGUAGGGAGGUCAAACUGUUCCUCUCGACUUGUAUCAGCAUGAAAUGAUGAUGCAUGUGCGCUAGUUCUGCUGCAUGGAGAUGCAGAGUUCUUGAUGAUGAAGCCUCCCUUCUCCGGUAGAGCAGGAGGUUUAAAUUUCCCUUUUUUUGGCUGGUCCAUAUACUUUGACAAUAAGACCCAAUUGGGGCUUACCUGUGUUAAUUAGAUAUUUAUAAGUUUGCAUGGUUUGGGUGCGCUUUUUGUAUGUUCUUUUGGCAUGUACAAGAAUGUGGUAGCGGCUAAAGGAACCAAUAUUUGUAACUUUUGCUGUUUGUUUAUUCAUUAUGACAUGAUAUUAGAUUAUUCUUCA